AGUUCAGACCCCAAUUAAUUCUCGGAAUCGUUCAGCUCAUGUCAUGCCGUUGAUCUAGUCUUCUCUUUUGCUCCGUCCUCAUCAGUCAGUCAUAAGCAACCUUAUCGUCUCACCCCCGGAUCUCCCAUCUCUGCAACCAUGGACAGAGAACAGGAAGAGAUGCAAUUUCUGAGCCUCUUCAGCGUGUUCACAGAAUCCUUCAAGAUCGUAUCAUCAUGGCGAAAGAUCUUCACCCAGAUCACCCUUACUCUCAUCCUCCCUCUCUCCUUCAUCUACCUCCUCCACAUAGAAGUCACCAACCUACUUUUACACAAAAUCUUCUACAACGCCCAGGAAAUGAGCAACACUCCCCUGGGCUCGCCCCGCUAUGAGAAGCUCUCCGAUCUCCUCUCCUCUGAAUGGGCCACUUUCUGGCUCUUCAAGAUCUUCUACUUCACUCUCCUCCUUAUAUUCUCCCUCCUCUCCACCUCUGCCGUCGUGUACACCGUCGCCUCCAUCUACACCGCCAGAGACUUUACUUUCCAUAAAGUCAUGAGCGUCGUUCCGAAGGUCUGGAAACGCCUCAUGGUCACUUUCCUGUGCGUCUUCGCUGCCUUUUUUGCUUAUCACAUCGUGGCAUUCUUGGUUGUAUUCAUAUGGGCAGUUACCAUCGGAAUCCAAAGUGGAGGGAUUGCCAUCCUUGUGAUCAUAGCCAUAUUGUUUUUCGCUGGGUUUGUGUAUUUGACUCUGAUUUGGCAAUUAGCUAGCGUUGUGUCGGUGUUGGAGGAGUCGUAUGGGGUACAGGCCAUGCUGAAGAGCAGGGAAUUGAUAAAGGGGAAGAUGGGGCUUGCUAUAGUGAUAUUCUUGCUGCUCAACGUUGCGUUUAUUCUAAUUCAGGUUUUGUUCAAGGUGGUGGUGGUGCACGGAUGGAGGCUGGGUUCCGUCGACAGAACAGCUUAUGCGAUACUGUGUUUCUUCUUGUUGUCUGUGUUUUUCCUGUUUGGGCUGGUGAUCCAAACGGUGCUCUAUUUUGUCUGCAAGUCCUAUCACCAUGAGAAUAUCGACAAGUCCGCUUUAUCGGAUCACCUGGAAGCCUAUCUAGGAGAGUAUGUGCCCUUGAAGGCCAGAGAUGUUCAGCUGGAGCAAUACCAUGUUUGACCCAGGGAUAUUAUGUAUAUAUCAUAGACACCAUACACGCAUGUAUCUGUCACCAGGUGCUUGUAGCUUAUCAGCUUUUGCACUUAAAAUUUUAUCAGCCAUGUGUCUGUCCAGAUCCAAUUUCAAUGCUGAUCAUAAGUACUGAAAGUUCAUUUCUUCUAAA